UUGUUAAGGGGAAGCGCCAGUGCGCCACACGUCUCCAGGUCGCUGUCUGUGUCACAAGCCGCGCCAAUGUGGAGACAUGGACAGAGAAGACAGAGGCAGAGGCGACAGGGUGGUCCACAGCAAGAUAGAGACAGGAGAAGCUGAGGAGGCUCUGCAUCAGUGCCAGCUCAUCCAGAACCUGGUGGACAUUUCCAUCUCCAGUCUGCAGGCUCUCAGGACCAGAUGCGCCGCAGCCAACGACCUCACACAGCUCGAGAUCCGCACUUUAGAGGUGAAGCUAACCAAGUACAUUUGGACGCAGCUGCAGUGGAAGCAGAGGAUACCAGAGAGGGAGAGCCUUCAAGCUCUGCGUGGAUACCCAAGACUGGAGGACUGGCUCCUAACAGCUGACCUCACACCAGAAUUCAUACAGGCUGCAGCAGGAAAGAUCUCAGUGGACGGGUUGCUGCAGAUGUCCAGCUCUGAGUUGCAGGACACGAUGCGACGCCUGGGCUCCAACUCAGAAGAUCGUUCUCGCCUCACUGCCGCCCUCUCCUGUCUGAAGAGUGCUAAUGAAACAGGAGGUGACCCGAGGCCCAACUCAGGCUCCUGCAGCUCUGAGCCCCAACAGGACAGUGAUGCAUUCUCUCCCAUUCGCCCACCCUCCAGCUCUAAUAGUUCCCCCAACCCUGUGCAGCCCACCAGCACCCAUGGCCGCUCCAUCUCCAUAUCAGCUGUACCUUUUUCAGAAGAACAGAGACCUUGUAUAUUAACUGAGGACGCCUUCGCCCCAGAGUCAAGCACUCCUCCAGCCACUCGAGCCUCAAAGACGCGCACUGCCAAGCCCUGCCACACACCACCGGCAUCUUCCCGCAAACUGCUGCAGCUCCUCCCCAACAUCGCACUGACAAGAAGCAAGAGUCAUGAGUCACAGCUGGCCAACCGCAUUGAGGAGCCUGCUACACACAAAACCUGUAAGAAGAACAAAGUGCUGGGUGCAAUUCAUAUCAAUGGCUGUGGGUACAGUCCUGAGGACUCAGCGCUGCGCUCUCCCCUGCUGUCCGCCCGAACACCUGGCCCUGUCCCAGCCUCAGCCCCAUACAUGAUGCCUGCCACACCCAGCCUUCUGGAGAGUGUGACCAUGCACAGGAGUUCCCCUCAGACAAUAAGGAGAGACAUUGGCCUGGCUGUAACACACAGGUUCUCGACCAAGUCCUGGCUCUCCCAGACAUGCCAAGUGUGUCACAAGAGCAUGAUGUUUGGUGUCAAGUGCAAACACUGCAAGUUAAAGUGCCACAACAAAUGUACCAAAGAUGCUCCCUCAUGUAGGAUAUCAUUUCUCACAUUGCCAAGGAUGCGGAGGGCAGAAUCAGUGCCAUCUGAUAUCAAUAACCGGAUUGAUCACACAGCAGGGAUCCCACUGCAGUUUGGUACUUUACCAAAAGCAAUAACCAAAAGGCAGGAGCCUAUUCCCAGUUUAAACCAGCUGGACUCCAGCAGUAACCCAUCAUCAGCCACCUCCUCCACACCUUCCUCUCCUGCACAUUUCCAACAGAAUAACCCCCCAAGUGUCAGUGCCACCCCUCCACCCAACCCGUCACCGCCAGGCUCUCGAGACAGCCGCUUCAACUUCCCAGAUGUUCCUGCAGCCACAUACACUGCUGUUCAACACUCUGGCAACUACCAUGAGUCUGGAGUGUCACAGGUGGCCGUCACUGAGACACAGCUGACUGCAGUAAAGCAAGGAGGGGAGAAGGAGGCAGAGAAAGACUGCCCAGCUGAGGAUGAGGAAGCAGCUGACCAGUGCGGCAGAAAAAAGAGCUUUUCCACUGAGGAGGCUGAUGAGGAUGGGCUGGAGGACCUGCCUUCUUCCAUAUGCCGUCGUGGUGCAGUUGGCCGCUGGAGGGGCCCCAUCUCUCGUAAGGCCAGCCAGACCAGCGUCUACCUGCAGGAGUGGGACAUCCCGUAUGAGCAGCUGCAGCUGGGAGAACUUAUUGGCAAGGGUCGCUGGGGGAAGGUGCAUAAGGGUCGCUGGCACGGUGAGGUUGCCAUUCGCCUAAUGGAGAUUGACGGCAACAACCAGGAUCACCUGAAGCUCUUCAAGAAGGAGGUGAUGAACUACAGGCAGACCAGACAUGAGAAUGUCGUCCUCUUUAUGGGCGCCUGCAUGGCUCCACCACACCUCGCCAUCAUCACUAGUUUCUGUAAAGGUGUGACUCUGUACUCUGUUGUAAGAGAAAGAGGUCACAUGCUUGACAUCAAUAAAACCAGACAGAUUGCACAGGAAAUUGUAAAGGGAAUGGGUUAUUUGCAUGCCAAAGGCAUCAUUCACAAGGAUCUGAAGUCUAAGAACGUGUUCUGCGACACAAACAAGGUGGUCAUUACAGACUUUGGCCUGUUUGGAAUGUCUGGAGUGGUGCAAGAAGGCAGAAGAAAGAAUGUGUUGCGGAUCCCUCAGGGUUGGCUCUACUACCUUGCUCCAGAGAUUGUUCGAAAAAUGAGUCCAGAGGUCGAUGAGGACCAGCUGCCUUUCUCCAAAGCUGCUGACGUUUAUGCAUUUGGCACAAUCUGGUAUGAGCUGCAGGUUGGAGAUUGGCCAAUCACCAAUCAGCCUGUGGAAGCUAAAAUCUGGCUAAUUGGCAGCAAUGAGGGCAUUAAGAAGGUGCCUGCAGAGGCCAACCUGGGCAAAGAGGUCACGGAGAUCCUGUCUGCCUGCUGGGCCGCUGAGGCAGACAGCAGGCCGACCUUCCCCCAGCUGGCAGGCAUGUUGGAGAGGCUCCCCAAACUGAACCGCAGGCUGUCUCACCCUGGACACUUCUGGAAGGCAACAGAGUAUGUAUCAUAGAAAGAUCAGGUAUAUUCAUGAUCCAGGGUGGACAAGCCUACAACAUCAUUUACACCAACUGUCAAAAGGGGAGGAUGCAUCAUUUUAGUUAGAUGAUAAACAUCUACGUUUUCACAUCAUUUAAGCAAUAAUGAGAUGGAGCUCAAAGGAUCCAGUAUACCAUCAAUCAAAUGGAAAAUACUGUAAAUAGGGUUUUGUAAAGAAAUGUGAAUAGUACGUCCUGCUGAGUAUCAAGUAAUAUAAAUGACCUUUUGUAAUAUGACUGCUAUUUUGUAUUUUGAGGAAAGAUCUAGUUAGACUCUCAUUUUACUAUACCUAUGGAUGCCGUUGUUGCUCUCUUUGUGCUACGUUUAUCUUUUUUCCAGACUUUAAUGGUGUUUCUCAGUCAGCAGUGAUAUCCUCAUCUAUACUUCUGAGUGUCAUCUCUUCUUCUUUCUCCUCUCUCUGUAACUGCCUCUCCUCCUCUUGGUGCUGACUGAUCCGCCUCUGCCUCUUCCUGUUGCAUCUGAUUUCCAUGGUCUCCCUUCAUCAACUCUGCGCCUCUGUCUCCUCUCUUUUGAUGUGCACACUUGUUUUCCACCACUCCUUUUUUCUGUCUCUUCACUCCAUUCUUCUCCUGGUGAAGGCCGUGGGAUCAUCAUCACUGCCCGAGAGAUCACUGCCAUCAGGGUCUACAUGUACACUGUCCAUACAUGUACAAAUACAGCAGCUGAGAGGCAAUGGUCCUUUUUAAAACUGCAGUUGUAUUUGGAUUUGACUCUUAAUCUUGGCUUGAGCAAAUACUGACAAUCAAAUUUAAAAGAAGAGUUGUUAUCUGGUGUUAACAUUUGAUUUGUGUCUGUAUUGAUGAGCAUUCUUGUUAUUUUGAUUCAGCCCACAUGUGAUCAAAUCUCAAGAUGCAGGUUAUGUGGGCAGUGCAGGUGGACUGUGUGUGACAUGUGACGCGUGUGUCAACAGAAGGGAUGUAGUCCGCUAAGACAUGCAAGGGGAGGUUCAUGUCACAGAUGGACACUACGUCUCUGUACUCUGUCUAAGUAGGAUAAUGCAACUUAAAAUGUAAGAAAUUUUGUAGCACACAUCAGUCGUAGAAAUAUCAUGAAAAUCAUGUUAAUGUCACAUUAGCUGCUGUCUCCAUUCUCCCUUUUUACAUGUCAGGCAGUUUAGCAUUUUCUUGUUGUUACCUGGGUGCCAACUGGCUCCUCCCACUUCCAAACUAUGAGCUGUUGAAGCUCUCUAUAAAUGUAAAUCUUUAUAUCUAUUUGUAUGUCAGUGGACAGUGAUUCAUCCUCAACGCAGUAAGGCUGCUGGUUUCAGCUGUUACUGGGCUAUGACUCCUCCUAAUUAUUGGAGAGGUAAAAUAACAUGAUUCCAAGGUUCCCAACAAAUGGUUUAGAUUUAAAGGCUGGUUCACCCAAAAUUGUAAAAAUGUAUUAUAUUUUCAUCCAGCUAUAGUGCUAUCUAUCAGUGCAGAUUUGUUUUAUUAAGGAAUUGAAGUUGCUGUUAAAUUUUUAGCCACACUAGCGACGUAGCUCCAGCAAUGGCAUGUCCACCACUACCGUUGGAUGGAUUGCCAUUAAAUUUCAUUCAGACAUUUAUCACCUGAUUUGGAUGUUUUUAGCCCAUUAAAUGGUCGUCCAUCUGUUUUCUUUGGGGUUUUUUUUAGCCUCAUAGAUAUGGGUGACUAUUACAGUAGGUUCAGAGGCUGUUGUCAGCCCGUAAAAUAGCUGUUUGCACAUCGUCAUGUCAUGCUAGCUUGUCGUGAAGGGGGCUAAUAAUGCUCCAAAUUUAUUCUUAAGGAAAAACUGGCACAGCCAUUUUCUAGGGUUCCUUGACCUCUAACCUCAAGAUAUCUGAAACAAAAUUGCUUUUAUGGGUACCCAAAAGCCUCCCCUCUACAGCCAUGCCCUCUUUAUAGUAAUAUCAUGCAGUUUUUUUAUGCAGGAUAAAUGUGUUAUCUGCGUCUAUUCUAAAAAUGGUGUAUUGAAUGUGUCUGCAAACUGGGCUUCCUAAACAGUCUUAAAAUUGCAUAAAUUGGUUAUGACUGGAAAGCUGAGACUCCUGUGGAUUCCCAGUUGUAUUCAUGUGUGAUGAUGUGGGCCCCUUAGUAACCAUUACAUGUAGUGAGUCCAUUUUUUGCAAAUUAACCUCACUGUAUAUGAAAUCCAUGACACUUUACAACCACAAACUUGAGUCCUAGGGCCCCCAGAGGAGUUCUUCGCUGACACCUCUGCAAUUUCCACAACAGCAGAACUCGCCAUCCCAUCACAGAAAAAUGCAGUCCUUAGAGAAAUCUCCAAAUGUCUAAAGUUUUUGAUAUUAAAUCACAGCAUGGAUUUGUUCUAUGGUGUUCCUCAAGGUCUCAGUGCCCUAAAGUGGUAUUUUCUUAAUGUGGUUUCUCUAAGGGUCAGACUUGGCUUGUUCCCAGUUAGUGUUUUGUUUGUCCUUCAAAUUAGGGCUAUAGAUUUGUCUUUUUAAGGAAAGGGACAACAAGCAUAUUUGAAGAAUACACUAAAACAGGAUUGUUGUUGAACUCAAAAUAUUACCUCUAUACCCAUAAUAUAUAGACUGAUUAGCAAUGUUUAUUUACAAUAACAUCCUCAAGUCACAUACGUUAAAAUUAAAUGUCGCUGAACAAACGCUGCCUCAAUUAGUUCAUUUUUAGCCACCUAUAAAAAGUCCCACACAAAAAAAAUCAUUAUCAAUUUACGCUAUAUUUAGAACAUUUUCACUGCUUCACCUUGCUGACAGACAAUCUUGACAGAUAACUGAAGCCAUUAUAUCAAAGCCACAAGAGUCCACUGAUAAAAACAGUAAUUUAUGUAGCAGAACACAGAGUUGCUGGUCUAACGCAUGGGCAAUGUGGAAGGUAAAGUGGAGGAAAUAUUCAAAAGUAGUGUACACUUACACUGAUAUUAGUUUUUUUCAGGUGGCCAAAAUUUUUGUUGCGGCCAUAUCAACAGCAGUACAUUGUUUAGCUUUUGUGCUGAUAGAGUUGGUUGAUCAAAGACGAUAACAGUACAUAAAAUAAGCACAGCAAAAACAUCAGGUAGGUUGGACCACCACAUUUAACUAUAUCUCCUCAAACGUUACAGUUACAGCUGAAAAUGACAACAGAAAUCAAUAAGUGUGCUGAUUUUACAUGUCUCCACAACUGUAAUCAAUUGCUACUUUUCUACCCAGAAGUGAUUGUUGUUGUUAGAAAUCAAAAGCAUAUCAGUAUGCUAUCCCUUAACAUAGUUUUCAGCUACUUCAACCACAUAAUAGAAUUUCUGAAAUUCAGUUAUGACUUUCGGUUUUAGUGUGCCACCCCAAGGUUUUCAGUGGCCCCAUCUGGCCACACCUAUGUCUAUGAAAAAUUCUGGAGGUGCCACUAUCUCCAAUACUUUGCUUUAUGACUAAAUACCUGCAAAACUAAUGCAAUUGUCAUCAGCCUCAGCUGUGUUGUGUGCUAAUCAGCAAAUGGUAGCAUGCUAACAUAACUAAGAUGAAAAAAUACAACAUAUUGGACGAACAAUUGUAUGUUAGCAAUGUCAUGGUGAGAAUCUAGCAUUUAGGGACAGCACAAUUAAGUACAGCUUUACAGAGCUUCCAGCAUGGCUGACAUUUGGUUUGUAAACUGUAAUAUUCAAUGUUGUGAGCAUCACAAAGGAAUGUGCCAGUCCCCUCCACUGUAUUGUGGUAAAUCUCAGAGACAGAGAUCUCCUACUUGGACAAAUCAAAACCAAUAUCUGCAUGGAGGGAUACCAAAAGAGCGAAUGAGAAAAUAUGAAUAUUUGUAAUUGGGGUGAACUGAUCCUUUUAGGAGUGUACUUCCCAAAAAUAUAAAAACAAUAUUUAUUGUAUUUUGGUUGUAUUAUAUGAGCAAAAUGAGACUCAUUGACCUCCUGUGUGACACUGCCUUAUGCUGUACUGCAAAAAUACCUGCCAUGAUGUAUGAAACAGCCCUUUAUAUACAGGCAUUAAUGAAAAGCCAGUUUUAAUGACUAUGUCGGGGCAGCUUUGGCUUUUUGUUGCUGUAACAAGCAGAUACAACUGUCACACGACAUUCUGUUUCAAUGAGUCAUACAUCAUUAAUGAAUUUGAUAGCAUACCACUGAGUGAUCUCUCCUACACUGACAUUUCAUGUUCAGUCUUACUUUGACUCCUGGCAGGAGAACAAUGAGCUGAGGGCAAUACUGGAAAUAAUGGUACAGUAUAAAGAAACUUAUGAUAUUGCCACAGGUGUGUGUAUUUCCUGUGUGCACUCUUGCACCGCAUGUUGGUGAACAGUGUGUGUGUGUGUGUGUGUGUGUGUGUGUGUGUGUGUGUGUGUUGUUUCCUCAGGCAGGAGUGCAAUGUACGCUGAGUGAAUGUAAGAGGCUUCAGCAGCGUGAUCUUGAUCAUGAUGAAACAAUGAUCCAUACAUAUAUGUAUAUACAGUGCUGGAGGUUGUAUUUAAUAUACAGUGUUUGUACAAGGGUUUCAGUUUUAGAGCAUUUGAAUCAGUACUUCAGUCACAUUCAUGUAUAGAUUGCAGAUACUGUGUAAACUGUUGUUGGUUGAUUUGUGUUUUGUUUCUUUACCUUUUUUAUUUCUGUUUUUUUUUUUUUAGGGUUGAGGUUUAAUCUGUAGAGUAUUUUUGUACAGGACGUGUUGAUACUUUGUAAGCUUCUAUUCUGACUAACUAGAGAUAUUAAAGCUGAUCUCCAGUGA